AUGGCACCUUUAAUGUUAUUGAUGAUUGUUGGUUUGUCUUCAGUUUAUGGAGUUCAGAGUGAGAAUUAUUUGAUUAAAAAAGCCAGUAUUUAUACGAUGUUACUUCAACCCAGAGUUUCUGAUGAUAAAGCUUGUACAGAUUGUUUGAAAUUUCUCGGUGAUAUCAACACUGUUAUUGCCAGUCAACCUUUCGCUGCUCAAAUGGCUUCCAAGGUAGAUAUUGGCUGUGCUUUGGUUGGUUCUACUGAAGCACAAUGUAAACGAAUGGUAACAGCAUUGAUCCAUUCAGCUUUAACUUUUGUAUCCAACUUUAACAAUCCACAAAUAACCUGUGAUAUGCUAGCUUUAUGUAUACCAACUCCUCCAUCUAAACAACUUUAA